CCACCAAUUAGUGCGGUUAAUGGCAGAUGAAUUUAUGGUAACCUCAUAGCUAGACUUUGGAGAUGAACAGCUGCUGACUUUGUUGUAUAGAUCUCCACCUUGAUAAUCAUCCUAAUGACUAUUUUUCUGACAAGAGCAUCAAACAAGCAAGAAUCUCCAAUUUCGCUCGAUCCCUUACAAGGAAGUCAAGACCUCUCAGAAGAAAGCAAUGAGUCACUACUGGACUCUUUGGGGCUUCCUAAACUACUAGUGGUUUCUUCUGGAGACAAAUUUAGGCUCACUCUUGACUUGGACAAAACUAAUGAAUUGAGGCAGACCAGUCAGGCUUCUUUUUCUCACGAACAAAGCAGCUUACAUGAAGCAACUAUAAAUUUAAGGUCAAGAAGAUUUAUCUGCACUGGUGUGAUUGCAGAUAGUAAUCUUGACCAUAAGGAGGCCGGGUUCAUUUCGAACACAAUUUUUCGAAGACUUUCAACACUGGAAAAAUUAGUAGAGUCUGCUCUAAGCAUUUAUGGUUACAGCUCUGAAGUUGAAUGCUCUACCUAUAGACGAUCAAGUCUAUCAUUUGGCAUGCAAAGAGAGCUGAAAAGCCCUACAGGAGGAGAUAGAGCUGGCAAUAAAAUUAUGGAUCAACUCAAGAUCUUCAUAAUCGUCCUAUGUGUUAUAUGCUCCUGCUGUGCUCUUUUAAUAAUUCACUACUUAAUCAUAAAAUGUAUCAUUAAGAAGAAGAGAGGAGGAAGCUCUGUAUCUAAACGUUGGCAGUAUUACCUUAACAAGUAUACUUCAGAAUACCAGCUAGGUCAAAGUCAAGAUAGGUACCAUCAAUCAGAAUGACCUAUCUGUCUUGAUAAAUUUGAUCCAGAGAAGCAGAUGAGGCAGAUCAAUGCUUGUAAGCAUAUCUUUCACAGUGAAUGCCUUGAGGAUUUCUUCAAACUUAAGAAGACAUUAGCAGGCCUAACAUGCCCUCUUUGUAAAGCCAAUAUAAGAGUUGUGCAAAACACAAAGGAAAAUAAGUCUGCUGAUACAAAUUAGCAUUCAUACUGGCUUAUACCCUUAAUUGUUUCAAUUUUA